UUCCACUGUAUUACUUCGAGUUAGUCUACUGCAUUCGACAUCAACUCUACCAUGACAGAAACCGUCGUUCUCGCCGCUCCGGCACCAGUAGCCGCAUCGCCGGCCGCGAAAAAGUCUCCUGCCAAGAAGAAGGCUGCUGCUGCUAAGGCAAAGAAGCCCGCCGCGUCCCAUCCGACUACCUCCGUAAUGGUCACGUCUGCCAUCAAAGAACUGAAGGAGAAAAAAGGUUCGUCUUUGCCGGCUAUCAAGAAAUACUUGGCUGCCAACUACAAAGUCGAUCCCGCCAAGCUGGCACCGUUCAUCAGGAAAUUUUUGAAAGCCGCCGUCGCCAACGGAACCGUCGUACAGACCAAGGGCACUGGCGCUUCUGGUCACUUCAAACUACCGGUUGCCGAGGUUAAACCGAAAAAGGCAGCUGUAGUCAAGAAGAAGAAACCAGUCGCCAAGAAAGUCAAAGCCCCUGGUGCCGUAAAGAGGAAGUCGACGUCUGCUAAGAAAGUGAAGCCCGCGUCCGGCGAACCAGCAGCUAAAAAAGUCAAAAAAGCUGUCGCCGCUAAGCCUAAGGCUGUCAAACCGAAGAAAUCUCCGGCCAAGGCAAAAAAACCUGCUGGCGCUGUCAAACCCAAAGUGAAAAAGACUCCAACCAAGAAAACAGCAGCACCCAAGAAGAAGUAAAUUGUGAUCGACCCUCUCAACCCUUUAAAAACGGUCCUUUUCAGGACCACCAA